CUCCAGGUGUCCAUGAGGUUUACCAGAAACAAAGCACACACCUUACAUGAAGACAUCUUCACCAGAGGCAUCAUAUCUAGACAAGCUAUGAGCUGCUUGUGUGAGCCCUUCAAUUUGUCCCCCACUGAAGUUGAUGCCAUGAUAGAUCUGUUGCUGAAACUUGAGCUGUGUUUCCAAGUUCAGGAACAUGAGUCUAACCUUUCUUUUCACUUUCCAUGUCUCCUUCAAGAAAAAAGACAACCUGAACUAGAAACCAAAUGGCCCAGCAAGGUUCCCCCAGACAUCAAUCAACUAACUCUUCAGGUUAUCUUUCCAUACAGGUGUCCAGAUGGCUUAUAUGAGAAAUUUUCUGUUCGUCAGCACAAGCAUCUUGGACACCUAAAGACCAAACGAAUGGACUGGAGGAAUGGGAUGUAUGCAGAACUUGAGAGGUGCAAAAUGCUGCUGACAAAGGGGAGAGACCAGCAAAAUCUUAGUCCUGGGCAAGACCCAGACUGGAUUAUCAGUAUAGCUGUCCGUGGAACAGAUCUUUUCGACCAGUGGCAAGUUCUAAAACGUGCCCACCGUGACCUCAUGGACAUCAUUCAUGAGGACUGGCGUGGGUUGCGAUAUGACAAGUACCUGGUAUGUCCCCACUGUAUGAGUGAGGACAACGAGGACAGUGAACACCAACCCCUCCUUCUUGAAGAAACACCUAAUGUUCCCCUAACCACUAUUCAAGAUCCAGAAGAAGUACAUGUACCAAUCAAGAGAAAAAGAUAUACUCAGAAAUCACCAACUCUUUUUCCUGGAGAGUUUCUUGACCAACCCAAUGUAUCAGGUUUUGGUCCCAAAGAAAAGCAGGUGACAUGUGUCAAAACUGGUGUCUCCAUUCCUGCAAACCUGGUCUAUCCACCAAGCUGGCAUGAGGUUCUGCGUAAACAAAAAACUGAACUAUGUGAAAACAUCACAGGACCUUGUCUCCUGGACAUGUUGAAUAAAUUCUUCCAAGAAGGCAUUAUCACUGACCGUGAAAUGGCAACAGUGAAGAAAGAGCCCUCAGCUAACAAGGUAAUAUGCCCAGAGAAAACUGGCCUCUCCCUGGACAUACUAACCAGAAAAUCUGGCAGGGCAUUUGAUAUAUUGUGUCAAUGUUUUCAAAAUCAAGGACAGACUCAUCUUCUUGAACUAAUCAAGUGAGGGAAAUGU